AUGGUGAAGCACUACAGACCGCCGGGGAAGAAAAAGGAGGGGAAUGCUGCUAAGUUUGUCACUAGGUCGCAGGGACUCAAGCAGCUUCAAAUCAGUCUACCACUUUUCAGGAAAUUAUGUAUUUUGAAGGGAGUAACUCCCCGGGAGCCUAAGAAAAAGUUCAAGGGAACACAUCAGACUUAUUACCAUGUGAAGGAUAUUGCCUUCCUUCAUCACGAGCCUUUGGUUGAAGUACAUAGAGCUAUAAGAGUGCAUGAGAGAAAAAUAAAGAAAGCUGAGGCAAAGAAAAACAAUGAACGUGCAAACAGGCUGCGGGAGAAAACACCCAAACCCAAGAUAGAUAGGAUUAUAAGACAGAGGUACCCAAGAUUUGUCGAUGCACUUGGAGAAUUGGAUGACUGCCUUACAAUGGUGCACCUUUUUGCAGCAUUGCCUGCAUCAGAGAGUAAAAAAAUUGAAGUGGAGUGUGUUCAUAAAUGUCGAAGAUUGGCACAUGAGUGGCAAGCGUUCAUAUCUCGGACUCACAAGUUAAGAAAAACAUUUGUGUCUGUGAAAGGCAUAUACUACCAGGCUGAGGUUGAGGGUCAGACAAUAACAUGGUUAAGUCCUCAUUCACUACAACAGGUUGUAUCUGAUGAUGUUGACAUCAUUACCAUGCUAAACUUUCUACAAUUAUAUGAGCCUCUUCUUAGUUUUGUCAAUUUUCGCCUCUAUCAUUCUAUCAAUUUGAAGUACCCCCCAAUUCUUGAUCCACGUUUGGAAGCUUUGGCUGCAGAUCUAUAUGCUCUGUCAAGGUAUGUCAGUGCCAAUACCAGACCCUCUAUAGUGAAUUCUGAAGCUUCUCAAGCUGAAUCAGAACAAUUGGGGACCAAGCAAGAGAUGGCAGAGACUGGAAAUGAAACAUCUGAACUAAGACUUGCUCAACUUCAGAACCAACUUCCUUCUAAUGAACCUGGUGCACUAAUGCACCUUGUUGAUGAAGUUACUGGUGAAGAUGAAGAGGAUCAAGAUACAAAAGAAUGUAAAAAUCUCUUUAAAAAUAUGAAAUUCUUCCUAAGCAGAGAGGUACCAAGGGAAUCAUUGCUUUUUGUUAUUCCUGCUUUUGGGGGCAUAGUUUCCUGGGAGGGAGAAGGGGCACCUUUUGGGGAAUCCGACCAGAGCAUCACUCAUCAGAUUGUUGACAGGGAAGCACAAGGACAUAGGUUCCUCUCUAGAGAUUACGUUCAACCACAGUGGGUAUAUGACUGUGUGAAUGCUCGGAUUAUUUUGCCAACUGAUAAUUAUUUAGUGGGAAGGAUUCCUCCGCCACACUUGUCGCCUUUUAUUAAUUAUGACGAAGAAGGAGCAUAUAUUCCAGAUUAUGCAAAGACCAUUAAACACUUGCAAGCUGCUGCCAGAAAGGAAGUCCUUCCACUUCCAGGUGUUGGGAAGGAAGAUAUGGAAGAUCCUCAAAAUCUUCUGGUUGAAGGUAUUAUUGACCGAGCAGAGGCUAAUGAUGCAGCUCAAAGAAAGCAAAAGAUGAUGAUUCUGGAGCAGCAAUACCACGAUGAUCUGAAAAAAGAACUUAAAGGCGUUACAUACACUUCAGCAGGCUCUAAAGAAACUUCUGGAGCGGUGGAGACUGGAGAAUCAGCUACCAAUGUAGAAGAAACUGCUGAUGAUGAUAUGGGUAAACUUAUGAUGUCACGUAAAAAGAGGAAGCUCUUGGAAGCCAUGCAGAUAUCUAAUAAACGCAAGCAAGCUCAGUCUGAUCUCAUUAAACAACGGAAGAAGAAAAUAGAUGAAGCUCAUCAGAAUCAAAGGAGUUAA